AUUUUUUGCUUUAUUUUUCAUUUUCUUUGUGUACACUGUACUAAUUUCUUCACUUUUCUCGUAUAUAUUGGCUUUUCUCUAUCUUUGUCUCCCUGCUUUUACUUUGGCAGUCGGAUAUUGCAAGGAAGAAGAAGGGAAAGCACUGUCGGGAUGCUACUCGUCCUGAAAAUUAUUGGGCUCUGCGGCGCAUUCCCGUCUCAGUUUCCGGCGAUUGAUUGAAAUUUCCGCCACCAUUUCCGCCGUCGCACACCAUAAGCUCUGCCGCUGCAUCCGCUUUACUAAAUGCCUCACGAUUUGUUGUUUUCCAACUCGAUGAUGCUAAGAGUUCAUGAAACGCCCAUCUCGAAAAAGGAGAAGUUGGAAGAGAAAAGAGAGGACGAUCGGGAGACGGAGGGAGGGAAGGGGUUUGAAGUCACCACCACGACGCCGAGGUCUGUUAUAAUCAUCCCCAGGAUCAAAUCUCAUAGCACCAGUCGUAGAGUCACUCCCACCACUGCAUCCGCGGUGGUUGAGAAACGCCUUUCCAACGGCGAUCUGUACACCGGGAACUUCUCAGUCAACGCGCCUCACGGAUCUGGGAAGUACCUGUGGGCUGAUGGGUGCAUGUAUGAAGGGGAGUGGAAGCGAGGGAAAGCCUCCGGGAAGGGGAAGCUGUCCUGGCCGUCCGGAGCUACCUACCAGGGCGAGUUCAGGUCUGGUCGGAUGGAAGGAAAGGGCACAUUCAUUGGGUCGGAUGGUGAUAUGUACAAAGGCUCGUGGCUAGCUGAUCGUAAACACGGCUAUGGGCAGAAGCGUUACUGUAAUGGAGACUACUACGAAGGGCAUUGGAAGAGGAACCUUCAGGAUGGGCAAGGAAGGUAUGUGUGGAAGGACGGAAAUGAGUAUGUAGGGGAGUGGAGGAAUGGGACAUUUCAUGGAAGGGGCGUCUUGAUUUGGGCUAAUCAGAAUCGGUUUGAUGGGAGUUGGGAGGAUGGUGUUCCCAAAGGCAAUGGGGUUUUCACUUGGCCUGACGGCAGCUGCUACAUUGGCUACUGGUCUCAAGAUGAAAAAAAUCAACAGCACGCUCAAGUCUUGAAUGGGAUUCUUUAUCCUGCACGAAUAAAAAACAAAACAAGUUCCAGUGAUUCCCAAAAUGAUAUCUGCAAGUUUAAUUUUAAAGAUGAAGGAUUCGAUACAUUCUUCAAGCAUAAGUUAUUGAGUUCUCCAUUAAAGGAGGAUGAGAAGUAUGGAUUGGCAGUGACAGGUGGGGAGAUGAAAUCAUCUCUGGACGGAAGGGAAAGCUUGGAAGGGAGAAGUUUCCCCAGGAUUUGCAUCUGGGAAUCUGAUGGCGAGGCAGGGGAUAUAAUUUGUGAUAUUGUAGACACAAUGGAACCCUCUACUUUAUACCAGGAUGGGAUCAGACAGUUUAGGAGAAAUCCUUGUUCUUUCAACGGGGAAGGGAAGAAGCCAGGACAGACAAUAUCAAAGGGCCAUAAGGACUACGAUUUGAUGCUCAAUCUUCAAUUGGGCAUUAGUUAUUCUGUUGGAAAGCAUGCUCCUGUAUUGAGAGACCUUAAGCCGAGUGAUUUUGAUCCAAUGGAGAAGUACUGGACUAGUUUUCCACCACAAGGGUCUAAAGUCACGCCCCCUCAUCUAUCUGUAGACUUCCGGUGGAAGGACUAUUGUCCAAUUGUCUUUAGGCGUUUGCGGGAGCAAUUCCAAGUAGACUCUGCAGAUUACAUGAUGUCUGUUUGCGGAGAUGGUGCACUGAGAGAGCUUUCCUCUCCAGGAAAGAGUGGAAGUUGUUUUUACCUGACACAGGAUGAUAGAUUUAUGAUCAAAACUGUGAGGAGAUCAGAAGUCAAGGUUCUUCUUAAGAUGUUGCCAAGUUAUUAUCAACAUGUCUGUCGGUAUGAAAAUUCUCUUGUGACAAAAUUCUAUGGUGUGCAUUGUGUGAAACCAGCAGGCGGCAUGAAGACGCGGUUUAUUGUGAUGGGUAAUUUGUUCUGCUCGGAAUACCGAAUUCACAGGCGUUUUGACCUUAAAGGUUCCUCUCAUGGCCGCCGCACAACAAAUAAACCCGAGGAGGAGGUUGAUGAAACUGCUACCCUAAAAGACCUUGACCUUAAUUUUGUUUUUCGACUUCAGCGGAACUGGUACCUUGAACUGAUCAAACAAAUUGAUCUGGAUUGCGAGUUUUUGGAAUCAGAGAGAAUCAUGGAUUAUAGUUUUCUGGUUGGUCUCCACUUCCGGGAUGAUAAUACUGGUGACAAAAUGGGGUUGUCACCUUUCCUCUUGCGAACAGGGAAAAGUGAUUCAUAUCAAAAUGAAAAGUUUAUGCGUGGCUGCCGAUUCCUUGAAGCAGAGCUACAAGACAUGGAUCGAGUUAUAGCUGGCCGGAAGCCGUUGAUACAUUUAGGCGCAAACAUGCCUGCAAGAGCAGAGCGAGUUGCGCGACGUAGUGAUUUUGAUCAGUACAUCCCUGGUCGGUCUUAUCUUCCGCCGCCGCCCUCUCGGAACAUUGAAACCUACGAAGUAGUCCUUUACUUUGGGAUAAUUGACAUCUUACAAGACUACGAUAUCAGCAAGAAGCUGGAGCAUGUUUACAAAUCCUUUCAGGUUGAUCCCGCUUCAAUAUCAGCCGUUGACCCAAAGUUGUACUCAAGGCGGUUUCGGGAUUUCAUCGGAAGAAUUUUCGUUGAAGACAGCAGGUGACUGGUCGAAGAGAUGAACACGUUUAAUCAAUGAUAACUGUUUCAUUGAUGACUUUAACCCCACGCCACAUCACUACUGGUUGGUGCAGCUGGUCAGAUUACCUGCCAGAGUGUGGCAUUUGGAUGGGUUGGCAGUGUCUUUUUGGGGGUACCCAAUGUGUUGCCAAAAUUUGCCAACCAGCCAGGGUUGUGGAAAGUAGGUUACCUGUACAUUGAUUGGCAUGGAGAAGAAAUGGAAGUAGUGGAAAAUUGGUUUGAGAGAACAUACAUGGUGGGGGGACAAACCCAAGAGAAUUCCCAACAAAAAGAAGAAAAAAGGAUCAAGUGCAUUGAAUUAAAUAACAUUGAGUAUUAUUGUACAGCAUUUAGGUAUGUUGAAUAUGUUUUCAACUCCACUUUUUUUCAUCUUUUUUUGGUGUGUGUUUGAUAACUGAUGUAAAAUGCAUACAUUCACAUUGCUUUAUUUUGGGAGUAGCAUGGGUUGAGAGGGAUUGAUUGACACUGGUGGUUGGGAUGAGAGCUUUGUGUACAUGAAAAGUAGAGAAAGCUGAGAUAAAGAUAUGUUGGACCUCGCUUAUUUCUCAUCUCCUACUCACUCUGUUUUCUCUUUUACUUUUUUACAUCUUUCCUCCUAAAAUUUUCUUUUCACUUUGAUUUAAGACUUAUUCACUAUCAAUCAUAC